CGUGCCCGCGCGCUGCGCGUCACGUGCCGGCCGCCGCCGCGCGCGCGCCGCCCGCCCCCGUGCCCCGCGCCGUGCCCCGCGCCGCCGCUCACGUGCCCCGGCAGUGAAAAACAAACUGACGAGUCGUGCAUCAAAUCGGAUCGCAUAACAGACAACCGCGUCCGAGGAUGCGGCGAGGACCGCGACCGCGUCGCCCGCCGCCUCGCCGCCGCGGAGCUGGCGCGACGCCGGCGCUACGAGCGGGAGGCCGCCGCGGACGCAGCGCCCCGCCCCGCCCCGCGCCCCGCCCGCCGCCCGCGCCCCGCCACCGACGGCCGCCGGUACGCCGUGCUGCCUCCCUCCACUCCUCGCAGCGCCGCGAGCGACCGACGUGUCGAACUCGUUCCAGACGGAGAAUGCCAAAUACGAAACGAGACCCAUCUGGACCCUUGCGCACAUCGCCCACGAAUACUACUCGAAAUAGAACGUUCUAAACCAUCGCCCGAGUCGACCGCGCAAACCUCUAAAGGAUCUACGCCUUCCACGACGCCUCCGAGGAGGCUGGCUUCUCGUAUUAUGGACGGUCUGAAACGUACCACCUCCGGGACGGGUCGUCCCGAGCGUCGUCGAUCCAAAAAUAGGAACCGAACCAGCGACGACGCCGAGUGGUGUGAGAAUUUGCCGAAACCGGUGACGGUGCCGCCGCCCUGCCGCGAACCGACGCUACUCGAACGUCUGCGUAGUCGUGGUUCCCCUCGCUGCAACGAAAAAUCUUCACCCAGAGGUAAACGAUGCCUUCACACCUCCCGUGAUUUAAAAGAAGACCAUCCGACACCACUCCUCGACCGUAAUUCUAAAGGUUCUGACAUAAGUGCCGUAGCUUCUCGAUUAAAAUCAGAUUUUGACCGACUAAAUACUAUGCUGAGUACUAGAAAUCGGUUGAAAGAAACGGAACGGAGACGAUCAGUACAUGGAGAGGAAUGUAAACUGUUAAAUGAGUCUUCCCGAAUAUCAGCAGCUGGUCGGUUAGACGUGCCGAUACCACCGGGAGCGAGCAAUGUAUGCAUUGAUGUGGCGCUUCAGAACGUAUGCUCAGCUCCAAUCGUGAGGUCUAAAUCACAGAACGAAAAGACACAAAACACUGGCGCAAAAUUGCGAUAA